UUGACUACCGAUUUUCAUGUUCUCGAGCUUUUUGUUAUUAAAAGAACGUCGUAUCUAUAUAUACAAGAAAGCACAGGUUUUAUGAGAAGCCACAAGAAUGGUGAAGUUGAAUUCAGGAUGGAAGUGUCUAACAGAAAAAUCAGAAGAAAAGCUAUGAGGGCUGUCUUGGAGUUUCCAGGAGUAACUAUGAUAGACGUGAGGGAACCUGGAAAAAUAAAGGUGGCGGGAGAAUUUGAUAGCCAUGAAAUGACGAAGAAACUGAGGAAGAUAUAUAGACAUGCUAAAAUUAUCGGGGUUGAAACAGCAGAUGGAGACUUUGCGGAAAAUCUGGUUCAAGGACUGGUUGGCCAGGUUGGGGAAAUGUUUUUGCCUCGUCAGGGAAGAAGGCAAACUAAUGGUUGUACCAUCAUGUGAACAGCUAUGCUAUUAGAUUUCUUUUGAAGAAAUCAAUUUGAGGUGGUGAUCAGUUUGACUUCUUUGAGGAGUAUUUUCGUGUGUUUAAUUUUCAUACUGUAAGAGUGAGUUGUCUUCUUCUCCUUUAAAAAAAUAAUAUUUUGUGGUUUAUUUAAGUA